UUGAAAAAUCUUGAGGAUCUGCACGGCAGUCUACAUUCAGCAGAGGGUUAGGUUCGAACUAUGUAAAUAGAUUUUAAAACAACAGGAUGCCUACGAAAAUGAUCGAUGAUUCGACCAAUACAACUCCUCUACCAUUAUCCAAAUUCCGCCAUCUCGAUCACGAUGGAGUUAACAUCGGAAGCAACGAGUUCAUUUUGGUUGAAACAGUUGGUCGUAAAAGGAAAGUCAGUGUUAAAGAAAAAGUGGAUUCAUUUUAUCCUUGGGUUGAAAGGAAAUUCAAUCGUUUCUGUACAGUCAAGACUAUAACACGAAGGCUGCCCUUUCUCAAUUGGAUGAAAUCAUAUAGUACUGAAGAUGCAGUUGGUGAUCUGGUUGCUGGUGUAACUGUUGGAUUGACUGUCAUACCUCAGUCUCUUGCGUAUGCUAAUAUUGCAGGACUUCCUGCAGAGUAUGGUCUGUAUGGAUCUUUUCUUGGUGCACUUAUGUAUAUCUUUCUCGGCAGCUGUAAAGAUGUUCCAAUGGGACCAACAGCUAUUUGUUCAAUUCUGACUUUCCAAACAUUACAUGGUCUUGGUCCAGAAUAUGGAAUUCUUCUGUGUUUCUUAAGUGGUGUAAUACAACUUUUAAUGGGAAUAGUUGGAUUAGGUAUCAUCAUUGACUUCGUAUCAGGCCCAGUGUCAUCGGGAUUUACUUCUGCAGUUGCAAUCCUGAUAGUAUCGUCUCAGAUUAAAGAUUUAAUCGGAAUCACAGCACAGGGUUCAACAUUUGUUGAAAUAUGGACUUCUAUUUUUAAAGAUAUAUCUAAUAUACAACUCUGGGACACUAUUGCAGGGAUCAUCUGCAUCGUAAUAUUGAUAGCCAUGAGGCACAUGGCUGAAUUCCGUAUUGGUGAAGAAGGAAAUGAAACACGCUCACAAAAAUUUAUCAAUAAAGCGAUUUGGCUCAUAGCAACUUCAAGAAACUGUAUUUUAGUCAUCGUCAGUGCUGUCAUUGGUUACUAUCUGUAUGAGCAUGGUGAAACACCAGUUAAAUUAAUAGGCCAUAUUCCACCUGGAUUACCUAGCAUUCAGCUUCCUCCAUUUAGUGUUCAACAUGGCAAUGAAACUAUUGGAUUUUUAGAAAUGUGUUCAGAGCUGGGUUCAGGCAUAAUUGUUUUACCUAUAAUAGCCUUAUUAGAAAAUAUAGCAGUUUGCAAAGCAUUUGCCAAUGGAAAAGCAACAGAUGCUACUCAGGAACUAAUAGCAAUAGGAUUGUGUAAUAUAGGUAAUUCCUUUGUUCAGAGUUUUCCUGGUAGCGGAUCUUUGUCAAGGAGUGCAGUGAACAAUUCUAGUGGAGUUCGAACACCUUUAGGAGGCCUUUAUACUGGUGUGCUGGUUAUAAUUGCUUUGCUUUUCUUCACUCCUUGUUUCUACUUCAUUCCUAAAACUAGUCUAGCAGCAGUGAUUAUUGCAGCUGUUGUUUUUAUGGUUGAAGUUAGAGUUGUUAAACCAAUUUGGAGAUCCAAAAAAAGUGAUCUGAUUCCUGGAAUCGUAACAUUCAUAGCAUGUUUGGUUUUGAGAUUAGAGAUCGGUAUUCUCAUCGGCAUUGGCCUUAAUCUCGUUUCUAUACUGUAUCAUGCUGCAAGACCAAAAAUUUCUAUGGAAAUAAAAACUAGUAGAGCUGGUGUCGAUUAUUUGCUGCUUACUCCUGAUCGAUGUUUGAUAUUUCCAUCAGUUGAUUAUGUGAGUGGGCUUGUAACAAAGCACAGUAUUAAACAAGGCAUACCUGUUGUUAUUGACUGUUCUCAUAUAUACGGAGCAGACUUUACCGCUGCUAAGGUUGUUGAAGUUUUGACUAAAGAUUUUUCCAGAAGGAGGCAACCACUUUUCUUUUUUAAUCUGAAAUCGAGUAUAGUUUCAAUAUUUGAAGGAGUCCAGCCAAAAGAUUUUGUUGUUUAUUACAAUGAAAAUGAUCUAGAUAACCUGUUACUAAAUUAUAGAUGCCGCAACGGAUAAAAAAGUGACGAAUACAAACUUUUAUUUUCCUCAUGGCUGCUUCCAAUACAAGGUUAAAAAAACACUGUGGAUUGUGGAUCUUCUUGUAUAAGGCCUCUUCCUAUUUUGAAUUAUCAUAUUAUAUAUCCAUUGAAUGAAAAGUACUCCAAUGGGUGUACCAGUUAGUAUCAUUCUGACCAGACUUAUCGAGUUCUUAUGAGUUCCUAGACUCUUCAAAUGAUUAUACAUUUUCUAACUUAUGACUGAUUCAUA